AUGGCAUGGCGUUCGCAUGGUGAAUCAAAUGUCUCAUUGGUAGAGAAUUUACGUAGGAAUGGUCUGUUUAAAGAUGAACGAGUUAAGAUGACAAUGUUGAAGGUCGAUCGUGCCGAUUUUUGUCCUCGAAAUCCAUAUCUGGAUAAUCCAGAGCCGAUCGGUUGCAACGCAACAAUUAGUGCACCUCAUAUGCAUGCUGCUGCGCUUGAACGGCUUAAGGAUCAUUUGACCGAAGGUGAUAGAGCACUUGAUAUCGGUUCCGGUUCCGGUUAUCUAACGACAUGCAUGGCACAUAUGGUUGGUGCAAGUGGCAAAGUCGUUGGAGUGGAGCACAUUAAACAACUGGUGGAUUUAUCAAUUAGUAAUAUCAAAAAAAAUCAUGCGAAUUUAUUGGAAGGAAGAGUGCUAAUGGUUGAAGGUGACGGACGUAAAGGCUUUGCACAGUAUGCGCCUUACAAAGCAAUUCAUGUUGGAGCUGCGGCACCAAAUGUUCCCGAUGAGUUAUUGAAUCAACUAGCUCCUGGAGGACGAAUGUUGAUACCAGUGGGCGCAGCGCAUAGUGAUCAGCGCUUUUUGCAAGUCGAUAAGGAUGGCAAGGGUAAAGUUACGGUGAACGAUUUAAUGGGUGUAAUUUACGUGCCGCUUACUAACAAGGAGAAUCAAAUUGGACGAAAUCAAUGA